AUGGGUCAAUUGCCGUUAUCAAGAAUCACUCCAGCCCGACCAUUUGCCGUCUGUGGUGUGGAUUACGCUGGUCUCAUCACGCUAAAGACUUGGAUAGGCAGAGGCACCAAAACAUCGAAGGGUUGGAUGUGCAUUUUUGUGUGCUUCGUUACAUCUGCACUGCAUUUAGAGAUUGUAACAGAUUAUUCAGCAGACUCAUUCAUUGCAGCGUUCAGACGGUUCACUGGACGUCGAGGUGACUGCAGAACUCUCCACAGUGAUUGUGGCACCGCAUUCCGAGGCGCAGACACGCUCAUCAGACAACUCUUCAAGCAGAGGACUCAACAGGCCAGUCAACACGCAGCUGUAUUUACAAAGGAUGGAACUGAGUGGAGGUUUAAUCCACCAGCUGCUCCACAUAUAGGAGGAAAAUGGGAAGCUGCAGUCAAAUCUGUAAAGUUUGAUCUUAACAGAACCAUAGGCGACUCAUUCUUUACAUAUAAAGAGCUUUUCACACUGCUUGUUCACGUGCAGAAGAUCAGCAAAGGCGUUGCUGAUGGUGGGACAAUGUUCUGA